AAAAGUUAGUAUUUUGUAUUUUCAUGCAUGCCUGGCCACACUAAAUGUUGGAUAUUUACGCAGUACUGUGAAAUUCGGACGUUGCACGUGUUUUUGUAAAUUUACUAUUGGAUUAAUUCUGAGGAGCGUGUAAACAACCGUAUAGCUAGGUAAUGGAGCACGCAGAAUAUGCGGGCGUCAGCCCAUUGGGCGCCGACGGCAGAGGAGCUGCCAAUGAUGCGAUGAUCCUCUGCUGCGAAUGUGGCGUCGCCAUACAACCGAAUCCGGCCAAUAUGUGUGUGACUUGUCUGCGUAAUCACGUUGAUAUCACUGAGAAUAUACCGAAGCAAGCAGUGUUGCACUUCUGUCGCAACUGUGAGCGCUAUCUACAGCCACCCAAUGAAUGGAUACAAGCAUCGCUCGAGUCGCGGGAACUGCUUGCAGUUUGCUUAAAAAAGCUAAAGGGCUUAAAGGAAGUUAAGCUCGUAGAUGCGGGUUUCAUCUGGACCGAACAGCACUCCAAACGUAUCAAGGUGAAGCUUACCGUUCAUGGCCAAGUAUCCGGCGGUACUGUGCUACAGCAAAUCUUCGUGGUUGAGUUUACCGUACAGAAUCAAAUGUGCAAUGAUUGUCAUCGCACCGAGGCAAAGGAUUUCUGGCGCUGCUUGGUUCAGGUGCGUCAGCGCGCAGAGAACAAAAAGACCUUUUACUAUCUGGAACAGCUCAUACUCAAAUACAAAGCACACGAAAAUACACUGGGAGUGAAGCCUGAACACGGAGGCCUCGACUUUUUCUAUGUAAGCGAGAAUCAUGCUAGGCGCAUGGUAGACUUUUUGAUGACCAUGGUGCCCGCCAAGGUGACCACAUCGAAGCGUCUCAUUUCACACGAUAUACACAGCAACAACUACAACUACAAGUACAACUGGUCGGUGGAAAUAGCGCCAAUAUCCAAAGACAGCAUUGUCUGCCUGAGCAAAAAGCUGCGUCAGCAGUAUGGCAAUAUAUCGCCCAUCUGCCUGGUGAAUCGUGUAUCCAGUAGCAUACAUCUGAUUGAUCCAAUGACAGCACAAAUAGCUGAAGUAACCUCGCAAGUGUAUUUCCGUGCUCCUUUCGAGGGCAUCUGCAAUCCCAAGCAGCUAGUCGAGUACGUUGUCAUGGAUAUUGAAGUGAUCAAUGAAAAGGAUCGCAAGUCAUAUCCCGGCCAGGGCACGCUCUCCUUCAAGCAUGUCCUCUGCGACAUUUGGGUGGUACGUGCCUCUGAGCUGGGCAUCAAUGAGAACACCAUACACACACGCUCCCAUCUGGGACAUCUGCUGCGUGUGGGCGACUCUGUCAUGGGCUACAAUACCGGCGAGGCUAACAUCAAUGAUGCUGAGUUUGACAAAUUGUCGCCGGAGUUGGUGCCUGAUGUGGUGCUGGUGCGCAAACACUACGAUCGCCAGGCACGUCUUAGCCAGCGUCUGUGGAAGAUCAAGCACUUGGCUGAUGAGGCAACUGAUGAGCGCAGCAAACACGACUACCACGAGUUCCUCGAUGACAUAGAGGAGAAUGCUGAUAUACGCGGCCAAAUUAAUAUUUAUCGUGAUAGCAAGAAAACAAUGCCUGUGGAAGCGCCAGCUGCAUCCGGCGAUGUGCCUCACAUAACGCUCGAAGAGAUGCUGGAGGAUCUAACGCUAGAGUGUGCUGAUGAUGACAUGGGUGAAGCACCACAAGAUGGAGAUGACGCCGCUGAACCACAGCUGUAGUUGAAUAAAGCUGUACAUUUUUUUUUAAAGUGUGUGUAGAUAUGUACACAGAAUAAAACAAGAAAAAUCUAUUUAAAAUGCCAGAUAACACAUUGAAUAUAUCUAAAGUCAAGAUUCAGUGCUAUAUUGUGUAGAUAUGGGAUACAUUUGUAUAGACAUAUACCAUAUGUCAUGGAAUAAGGCAAACUCGAGCUAUUUGCACAUAUAACAAGUAUUUCAACAUACGUUUAUUCAUAGACAAAAAUUUGUUUAGUAGAUUUGAGUAUAAUAGAGUUUAGAAGUGCGAAUAAACUUAAAUUAUAAUUUUAGUUGAAAUUAAACUAAAUUGUUUACAAUGGUUUUUCGGAUGCCACAGUAACUAUGACUAAGCGCUUGGAAUUUGAAUAUUCAUACACUUGUGAAUUGUGGCAAAGCUAGCAAAUGAUAUAACAUUUCAAUUUAAAUUAAUAAAGAACAAUUUCAGAUUGUCUUGGGAAAAAUUCAUUAGUUGCAUUUACCGCUUUGCCUUAUGAGCUACAAUUGAGUCUAAAUUUGUUCUUAAAUGCAAUCAAAGAGAUUGCGCUUGAUAACCUCAACGGGUUAGUCAACAAGUUGUGAUUGCGUUUGCAUUACAAGUUAAGCCGUGAUUUAAUCAAAAUAUGUAACUGUGUGUGUGUGAGCCUCUUUAAAGUGUCUUUUUUUUGAGUUGAUUACGCAGUCUUUAGGAAAGUCCCAGCU